UCGAACGCUGCUUUGCUAUCACAGCACGCACACCUGAAUUUGACAAAAUGGUUGCAACCUGAUCACUAAAAUCGGAUACCGCUAAAUUAGAAAAAAAAGCGCCGUGCAAAUAAAAUCCAAGGAAUAUUUUACAAAUCCAAGGCAUCGAUGGGAAUCAAAGCACGGAAAUCGAGCUGCAUAACCUAAGAGUGCUAAGUGGGGCAGAAAAGUUUGCGAUUCUUUGCGGUGCCAAUUCUGUGGGACUUUGCUGGAUGAGCACACUUCAGCUGUAUUUUCGCAACAAGGGACAGGCAAAAACUGGACUUUGCAUUACGUUGAGAGUGAGUAUUUGUGGAAUUAACGAUAAAGUGAAUACCACGAAAAAAAAACUUGCUGGUGAUCUCGGCAGAACCUCCCGAGAAUCUCAUUGCUCUCGCUCCCACAUGUUGGAAUCUCCGUUCUCCUGUCCCCGGGAAUAGUUUACUCCGUUUCAGUUGGAACCAGAGCUUUAAAAAAGGGAAUCCAAACACUUGUUGUUUGUGACAGCGGAUCGUGUUUACUGUACAUCUCUUAUAGCCGCUUCUGAGUAAUUGUUACUUAAACUAACCGACAGAGAUUGAACUGCGGGAUCGGCCUUGGACAAUAUUACUGGGGAACCUCGGCGUUCCACCGGGUCGGGCAGAACGAGUUUCGUCCCUGCAUUUAUCAAUUAAAACAGGGAUACGACUGUCAUUGAACGUCUGCCGGGAUUGCAACGGGGAUAUCGUCGUGCAAUUGAAAUUAUAAAGCUACCUAUUACCGAAUCCUGCCUCUCUUAAAAGUGCUUCGCCAGUAAUUCGAAAACGGAAAGCAGGCAAAUAUAUAUACGAUUGCAGUGCAAAUAACGUGUCACGGAUGCGAGAGAAGGCGGAGUUACUAUAUGGGAUCGUACAGCGUUGACGUGAAAUGAAAGAAUUUAACACAUUUAUUAUUUGGCCAUGUGUGGAGGAAAAAAGUAAUGCUGGCAGCUCCUGCUGAUUGCAAUAAAACUCUGCACGUAAUCUCGUAUUUGUGAGAGCUAUGAAAAACUUAAGUGCGCUGGAAGGAGAAAAAUGAAUCAAGUAACGGGAUUUUGAACAUUGCUAAUUUUUUUUUGUUUUUGCAGCCCUUCCUAAUUGCUUUCUUCUAAAUGCAUUUUGGAAUUGGUCAUUCAAAUUUUGCAUUUUAACAAAACACAAGGGAAGAGCUUAACUUUUGCCAUCAGAUAGCUUGUAUACACACACACACAAGAGGACACAAUGGAGACGGAGAGCCUCUACGGCAAUUACAACACGGGGCUCGGGUUGACGCCGGUGAGCUUCCAGCGGCAGGGGGCGUUGUUCGAGAGCGUGUUCCACGCGGCGUGCGCGCACGACGACGAGUGCCCGGGAGCGCGCGAAGAGGCGGCGGGAGCGCGCGAGCCCGCCGGCGGCGGCGGCGGCGGAUUUGGCGCCUUUUGUGAGGACGCCGCGUGCCGCCGGAGCGGCGCCAUCUUGAGGGAGGAGGAGGAGGAGGAGGAGGCAGCUGCCAACGGGCUGCGGCCGUUCGUCGUCCGCACGCUGUUCGGCCGCCCGCAGCGCGACAAGGGCCGCGGCUACCCCUGUGACUUCCAGGAGCGGGAGCUGGCGGGCGGCUACUCGCCGGAGGCCGAGUUCAACGGCAGCUGCUCGUACUCGUUGACCAGCGACACCGCCCGGGAGCUCUGCAAAGCCGUCUCGGUCUCCAUGGGCCUCAACGUGGACAGCAGUGAGCUGGGCGAGCCGCAGUCGACCUACGGCGGUCACGGCAAGAGGGACUGCAUGUUCGCUUUCCCGCAGGCCAAAGGCACCGCGGGGCUCGACGCCAGGACCGCCGCCGCGUCCGACCAGCCGAGCCCCGGGGCCCAGAGUAGGAGGCUGGCCGGCCGGUUGGAGGCGGCGGCGGAGGAAUUGGAGGCGGCAUUGGGCCAAGCAGAAGCCGAGCCAUUCGCCGUCGACUACGAGGUGGCCCCGCCGCGUCGGGAGGCGACCUGCGGCGGUCUGGUGGAGGACUCGGGCGGUCGUGUGGCCGAGGCCAAGCCCAUGGGCGGCGGCGGCGGCGACGACGGCGGCGGGCAGGCGGGCGAGUUCCCCGACAAGGAUCCCAAGCAGUGCUCCUAUGGCAGAGUGUUCCUGACCAACUACGGUUCCGGUCCCCCUCCCUCGGAAGACAGCACCUUGUACAAUCUGUCGGACAGGCCUGGCUUCAGGGGGGACGACGACUGCGACGCCCAGUUCGCAAGCUUCAGAGUCAAAGUGGAGGAGUCGGACACCCCGGACGGCCGCGAACAGUUUGUUUCCCAGUGCAGGUACUCCGACUGCACCAGCCACCCGCCUUAUGGGUCCCCGUCAUCCUGGCGUUAUGUUGAGAAGGGCGUCUUGGAGAAUGAUUACGGUGGUUCCCCCGAAUAUCCGAGGAACACCUUGGCUGUUCGAGAUAACAUUUUUACAACUGAUUCAUGGUGCUCAAGUGGGCUGUUGGACCGCGGACUUCAUCAACCCUCAUGCCAUAUUAAAAAUGAAAUAGAUAAUUGGAUCGAUGGAUACUAUAACAUACGAUUGGAUAAUACAAGGAAUCUUGGUCUUCAGAUGGACUACUUUUUCCAACCACAGAAAACAUGUCUUAUUUGUGGAGAUGAGGCAUCUGGAUGCCAUUAUGGAGCACUCACCUGUGGCAGUUGCAAAGUGUUCUUCAAGAGGGCAGCUGAAGGAAAACACAAGUUUCUGUGUGCCAGCAGGAAUGAUUGCACUAUUGAUAAAGUACGGAGAAAAAACUGUCCAUCAUGUCGUCUGAGAAAGUGCUUUGCAGCUGGAAUGACGCUUGGAGGUCGAAAAUUGAAGAAUACGAGACCAUUCCAAACUGCAGAGGAAACGGAUUCUUCGGUUACACAAAAGCAGCAGGAUACCAAUCUCAUGAUCGCACCAAGGAUUGGCGUACCAAGAAUGCAGAAAUUUCAAUGUCAGCCCCUUUUCCUAGCUGUGCUACAGUCCAUUGAGCCUGAUGUGGUAUAUUCAGGAUAUGACAAUACACGACCUGAUACAUCAGCCAGUUUGUUGACAAGCCUCAAUGAACUUGGGGAAAGACAACUUGUACGUGUUGUCAAAUGGGCAAAGGUCUUACCAGGUUUUCGCAAUUUACAUGUGGAUGACCAAAUGAGUCUCAUACAGUAUUCGUGGAUGGCAGUUAUGGUCUUCGCAAUGGGAUGGAGGUCCUAUAGAAUUGUGAAUGCCAGAAUGCUCUACUUUGCACCAGACUUGGUAUUUAAUGAGCAACGGAUGCAAAAGUCAACUAUGUAUAAUCUUUGUGUGGAAAUGCAGCAACUAUCCCAGGAGUUUCAAUGGCUGCAGCUUUCACAGGAUGAGUUCCUUUGCAUGAAAGUGUUGCUACUGUUUAGCAUCAUUCCAGUCGAAGGUCUGAAAAACCAGAAAUACUUUGAUGAGCUGCGUUUGAACUACAUUCAGGAACUGGACAGAGUAAUCUCCUUUCAGGGGAAAGAUUACAUGCAUAAUCCACAGCGCUUUUAUCAACUGACCAAGCUCCUAGAUUCUCUGCAAAUAACAGUGAGGAAACUUCAUCAGUUUACAUUCGAUCUCUUUGUUCAGUCUCAGUCUCUCAGCAUCCAGUUCCCUGAAAUGAUGGCAGAAAUAAUAUCUGCCCAGGUACCAAAGAUCCUCGCUGGUAUGGCCAAACUGCUUCUUUUUCAUGAACAGUGACAUUCAUUGCUUAUAUAUGUUAUACUGCCUGUAACUCUGUACUACCUAGAGUUUAUCUUGAUUUCAACUUCAGAUCAGUCAAAUGCAGAAUCUGUUCUGAUUAAGAAAUGAAAAAAAAUUGCAAAUUCUACCUUUAUUUCUGGUGUUCAAUUGACAUAUUUACAUAGUUGGUCAUGUUAUACAACCAAUGUGGUAGGCAGGUUGUAAUCUUAUUAACCAGUUGUUAUGUUGGACCACACAAAUUACUGGAUAAUAACCUGGUUACAUUUAGAAAAAAAACAGUUGCAUUUACCUCUUCAUUGGUCCUUCAGAGUAGUUUCAUUUUCUGAUUUUUACUUAAAGCUACCUACAUUUUGUUUUUAUUAUUUUGAAACUACCUAGUGACCUGUUUUCAUUUUACAUAUCAGAUACUAGUUUUGCCUGGUGUUAAGAUAGUGCCUCACAUCAUGUUACAUUUAUCAAAUUAUUUUUGUUAAAUGCAAAAUUUGAUGUAAAUUGCAUUUUUUUAAGAUUUGCACUAUUAAUUUUCUUUUCCUGAAUGCCAGAAAAAAUGUAUGUUAUGGUAGUUGUGGAAUGUUCCAAGAUUCAUAAAUGUUUUUUGAAUUUCCAAAGAGGUACAUUAUAUGAUAAGAUUUUACAUGCAAUGACUUACUAGAAUUCUUCCUCUGUUUAAAAGCAUACACUUGAAAAACUUAAAAUCAUAGAAUUUGUACUUUGGAAUCCCAACUAUAUCAUGUUUCACUUUUAAGGAUGCAUAAGUUCUGGUUGCAUUCUGCUGCUUUUGUGCAUAAUUUGGUAUCUGGCAGACAUGUUUCUGUUGAUGGAUUUGAGCUACUACCUGGUCAAUAUAACAUGCAGUAAUAUUCCAAAUUUGAUAUGUACCAAAGCCUUUUUUGUUACUUAAAUGACGAUCCUGGCAUACAAUUUUUUUAAGUAACUAUGCAGUGCGGCACAAUACUGACUGCAUGUUUGGGUCUUAAAUCUGAUUUAUAACUCUUGCUCAUAAUGCCAAAUUUGUUUUAUCGUGUACAUACUUAACCAGAAAUAAUAUUAAAUAAUUUAGACAUUUACCUUAAACAAACACCGAUGUUCCACCGGGCAAUAAAAGACACCCACUACUUAACCAUUCUUAUUGAUCUAAAAUGAAAAGCAUUUUUCUUUGGUAUGCAGUCUUCCUGGCUGUUGUUUGUAUUUUGAUUCGUACAUUUUUGCCAUUUUGUACUUGCCCCCUUUUUUUAAUCAGUGCAAAUACAUAACAAAAAUACAAACAGCAUAAUAUAAAAACACUUCUGAAAAUGUCUUAAGUGCAUCUGUAAUAUGCCACAUAUUUGUGUCAGAUUUGGUUUGCUACAAAUCAUUGAAACUCUUGCUCUUUUACAAAAAUGAAGUAUGAGUAUGGGCCACAUGGUGAAAGCGGCUUGCAUCUAAAGAAGGAAGACGUUAUGCCAGUAAAAAAAAUCAAAAAGUUUAAAUAGUCCUUUUUUUAUUCUAGAUAUGAGCAUGUUAUUAAUCAUUUAGUGUCAACGGAAAAAGAAAAUGAUGUAAAUUUUCAAACUUCAUUAGUGUAGAGUAAGAGUAUAGAGAUAAUGCAUUUCUCCAUUGGCAGUAUUUUCAAAAUUAAAUGUUGUGUAAAAAUGUUACUGUAGGCUUCACAGUUUAAAAAAAACUUUUUCCAUCAUAUGUGAAUAGCACCAAUGUAAUGUGUACCUUGUUUGGACUUCUUUCUGAAUUAAAAUUUCUUUGUUUAGUGCAGUCAAGAGACAGGCUAAAGCUAGAUGUACAAUUCUAUAAGCAUAUUCUUUAACAAAAUAUUGUAUUUUUGAGGGAUGGGAAAGAUAGAGGAAUGCACGUUCAUAUUUUUAAGCAAAUUAAAAGGACUUGCUACUUAUUUUAAAAUGACAGUUUUUGCUUUUCUUUGGGUUUACGGUAAAGAGAUUGGUCUCUUGCCAGUACAGGCCUAAUUAUUGUUGAGCUUGAGUUGCAAUAUAUCUUAAAAGCCUUGAGGACUUGGGUCAUUCAAUCCAUGACUUUCAGUAAUCUAAAUGGUUGUAGAUGCUGGGAGCAAAUAAAACCCUGAAACCUUUUUGUUUCACUUCUCUCACCAAAAUAUAAACUGAAUAGUUUUAGUUCUCCCAGGGAAAGAGUUGUAAACUUUGAGACAUAAGGGAUGGACCAGUGUUUAUUUUCCAAGUAAAUAAAUACUUAAUGUUUA